GCUCCCCCCCCUCCCCCACCAAGCCACACUAUAUAUCUCAGUCCUCCCAAUUUUCACCCUUUCUGCAGCCACAAAAACACAGGUUCUAUUGUGUGUAUUUCUGUGUCUUGUGUGAAAAAACCGAGAACAAACAAUCAAAUCACACACCCGCCAUGGAACUGGUGGUGAUGUUUACGUCCAUACUAAUCAUAUCCCUGUAUUUCAUCCUGAAAGUCGCAUACGAAACGCUAUCCUGUUACUGGCUGACUCCGAGACGCAUCAAGAAAAUAAUGGAAAAACAAGGAGUGCGUGGCCCGAAACCCCGGUUUCUAGUCGGCAACAUCCUGGACAUGGCGUCCCUCGUUGCCAAAUCCACCUCCCAGGACAUGGAUUCAAUCAGCCACGACAUCGUCGGUCGCCUCCUCCCCCACUACGUCGCCUGGUCCAAGUCCUAUGGAAAAAGGUUCAUAUACUGGAAUGGGGUUGAGCCCCGAAUGUGCCUAACGGAAACCGAGCUGAUCAAAGAACUCCUGUCCAAAUACAGCACGAUUUCGGGGAAAUCGUGGCUCCAGCAACAGGGCUCGAAGCAUUUCAUUGGCCGCGGCCUGCUGAUGGCCAAUGGCGACGAUUGGUACCACCAGCGACAUAUCGUGGCGCCGGCAUUCAUGGGCGACAAACUUAAGAGCUAUGCGGGGUACAUGGUGGAUUGCACUAAGCAGAUGCUCCAAUCGCUGGAGAAUGCAGUGGAAAAGGGGCAGACGGAGUUUGAGAUAGGCGAACACAUGACCCGUCUGACGGCUGAUAUCAUUUCCAGGACUGAGUUCGAUAGCAACUACGAAAAGGGAAAGCAGAUAUUCCAUCUGCUUACCCUUCUGCAACAUCUUUGUGCUCGAGCAACCCGGCAUUUGUGCUUUCCUGGUAGCAGGUUCUUGCCCAGCAAGUACAACAGAGAAAUAAAAUCACUGAAAAUGGAGGUGGAGCGGCUGCUGAUGGAGAUCAUCCAGAGCCGGAAAGACUGCGUGGAGAUAGGCCGGAGCAGUUCCUACGGCAACGAUUUGCUCGGAAUGCUGCUCAACGAAAUGCAGAAGAAGAGAUCAGGCAACGGCUUCAGCUUAAACUUUCAACUCAUAAUGGACGAAUGCAAAACGUUCUUCUUCGCCGGCCACGAGACGACGGCGCUGCUGCUCACCUGGACGGUGAUGCUGUUGGCGAGCAACCCAUCUUGGCAGGAAAGGGUUAGAGCCCAGGUGAAAGAGGUCUGCGGUGGCGGCGCGCCUUCUGUUGAGCACCUCUCCAAGCUGACUCUGUUAAACAUGGUGAUAAACGAAUCACUGCGACUGUAUCCACCGGCGUCGCUGCUUCCUCGAAUGGCGUUCGAAGACAUAAAGCUGGGCGACCUCCACAUCCCAAAGGGUCUGUCGAUAUGGAUCCCAGUUCUCGCAAUUCACCACAGUGAGGACAUAUGGGGCAAGGAUGUAAACGAGUUCAACCCGGAUCGAUUCGCUUCGAGAUCAUCCGGGUCGGGCCGACAUUUCAUCCCAUUUGCAGCCGGCCCGAGGAACUGCAUAGGCCAAGCCUUUGCCCUAAUGGAAGCCAAGAUUAUACUAGCCAUGUUGGUGUCAAGAUUCAGCUUCACCAUCUCUGAAAAUUACCGUCAUGCCCCUGUAGUUGUCCUCACGAUGAAGCCUAAGUAUGGAGUUCAAAUCCGUUUGAAACCCUUGAGCACUCCAUGAAAAAUCCAUUAAAGAAAAUAUUAAUUUUGGCUCGAGAUCAAAUUUUAUUUUCUUUUAUCUUUUUUUAUAUAAAAAUACAAGCAAUCCUUCUGUAA